AUGGGCAGCCGACAAGUAGUUACUAGUCAGGGUUUGCUCAUUCAGGAAGUAAAUUUCAAAAUGAAUAAACUUAUAGCUUUAGUGUUUAUUCAAAAUUUUGUAUCUAGCCAAAUUCAAAUACCUCCUAAAAAUAAUUUGGCUUUGUUUAACAACAUGAUGAGAGAUUUGUUCAAUAACUGCAGAGCGGAAUUUAGAACCAUCGGAUUUUGGGGUCACGACCAAAUUUUUCCAACCGACGAUAAGGCUGAUAUUGUUUUGCUGAAUAAAAAUGAAAUGUUAAAGGAACCGUCAACCAGGCGGAUAAAAUUUCUGGUGGCAAUUCUUGGAGAAUUCAAUCCUGAUCCUGAAAAGACUUUGUUUGAAGUGAUGCCGACUCUUGAAAUAGAAACAAUGUUUGUUUUUGACAAAAACAAUUCAAAUGAAAAAUCCAUGGACAGCAUAUUUGAUUGGUUUCAAAAUAGAUUCGAAAAUUCGAAAUUUUAUUACUGCACUGCGACAGAAGGAAAAAUUGAUAUAGUAACUUUUAAUACUUUCGCGGAUGUAGCUCCAGCAUUCUGGGCCAAAAUUGGAGAAGUUCAAUUUCCAGAUGACGAUGGAGAUUGGAGCAUUUUCAAAGCCGAAUAUACUGAAAACACUAAAUAUAUUUAUGGUUCCGAGCUUUGCGAAAAUAUAAUCUUCGAUCGGACUAAAAAAUUACAUGGCUACAAAAUAAAAGUCUCAGCAAAACUACAAAAUUUUUCCGAACCAAAACUUGUCGUCCUAAACGACUUAAUCACUAAAGACACUGAUGUGUUACGAGUUACAUCUAUGCUGUUUCCAAUGCAAGGAUUAUUCAGUAAAUUCUUAACGAACUAUUUAGACGUAUCGGUCAAUAUUACUCAUGGCAUGCCAUUAUAUCGCGGCGUAGACACCAGCGUAAUGAUAAUGGAUGGAACUUUAGAUUUGGGUCUCACACCUACUCAUUGGAUAGCAAAAGAUAGGUUCUUUAAAUUUUCGACCUAUUUUCAUCUGCCAUGCCCAUCACUAUUUUAUUAUAAUAUAAUAGUGACCCACAAUCGCGAAAUGUCACCUCUGGAAAAAAUAUUCGAAUUUUACGGGUGGCUGACCAUCAUUGUAACUCUCAUCAUCAUCUUCAUUGCAUUCAUUGUUAUUUAUUUAUUAAACAGUGAAUCUAACUCUAGUUUAUCUUUUACCGUCUUCGAGUGCCUGAGGUUGCUGAUUGGUAGUUCUAUCUACACGCGCAUGGAUUCUGAUAAUACGCGAAUAGUUUUUUCUGUUAUAUUUUUAUACUUCCUGAUCAUACAGGCAACUUUUUUUGGACACCUCGCGGCUUUUUUAACAAAACCUGCGUACAGAAAAAAUGUUGAGACUCUAAAAGAUCUGAAAGAUCCUUAUUACACUGCAAUUUAUUCACAUGUUGGGGGUCAAAGCUACAUCACGGACCCGGUCUUGUUGAAUAAAACUAAAUUUGGCGAUUUUGAGUGUGGUGAUUAUAUCAAUGAUACUUCUAUCGCUUGUAUCGAUGCUAAAUCUAAUUUGAAGUAUUUGGUGGCUGAAUACAACUUGCAUACACCAAGGAAUUUUAUUAAGUUCAGCUACGCUUCCCUGACAAUGCGUCAUAAUUGGGCCUUGAGACAUCGUGUUAAUAAUCUGAUUAUGCGUUUAGCACAGUCUGGAAUUACGGAAUUUUGGGAAAAAAAAUUUGAGCAACCUCUACACGAAAAACUCAAAAGAAAACAUGAUAUUGAAGAAAACUUCCACCGACCCAUAAGUGUAGCAGAUGUUAUGUUCGCUUUUAUUCUACUUUCCGUCGGUUUAUUUUCCGCAUUUCUUUCUUUUGUCGUAGAAUAUUUAUUAGAAAUUUUUACAACUAUCAACAUGUUUACAAGAUAA